AGAUGUAUUGUGAGAGGUUUAUAUGUAUCCUGAGAAUACUUGGAACCACACUCUUCGGGGUGUCCCUCCUGCUGGGAAUCACCGCUGCUUACAUUGUGGGCUACCAGUUCAUCCAAACAGACAACUACUACUUCUCCUUUGGACUCUAUGGUGCUAUGCUGGCAUCGCAUCUCAUCAUCCAAAGCCUGUUUGCCUUCCUAGAGCACAGGAAAAUGAAGCGGUCACUAGAAACUCCAAUCAAGCUGAACAAAACAGUUGCCCUUUGUAUUGCUGCCUAUCAAGAAGAUCCUGACUACUUAAGAAAAUGUUUACUUUCUGUGAAAAGAUUGACCUACCCUGGAAUUAAAGUUGUUAUGGUCAUUGAUGGGAACUCGGAAGAUGACGUUUACAUGAUGGACAUUUUUACUGAAAUCAUGGGUAGGGACAAAUCUGCCACUUAUAUCUGGAGUAAUAACUUCCACGACAAAGGUCCAGGUGAGACAGAGGAGUCUCACAGAGAGAGCAAGCAACACGUAUCUCAGCUGGUCCUGUCCAACAAAAGUGUUUGCAUCAUGCAGAAAUGGGGUGGAAAAAGAGAAGUAAUGUACACAGCAUUCAAAGCACUGGGGAGAAGCGUGGAUUAUGUACAGGUCUGUGAUUCAGAUACAAUGCUUGAUCCCGCCUCAUCAGUGGAGAUGGUAAAGGUUUUAGAAGAAGAUCCAAUGGUUGGAGGAGUUGGAGGUGAUGUGCAGAUUUUGAACAAAUAUGAUUCCUGGAUCUCCUUUCUGAGCAGCGUGAGAUACUGGAUGGCAUUUAACAUAGAAAGAGCCUGCCAGUCCUAUUUUGGCUGUGUACAGUGCAUCAGUGGACCUCUGGGGAUGUACAGAAAUUCUUUACUCCAUGAAUUCGUGGAAGAUUGGUACAAUCAAGAAUUUAUGGGCUCCCAGUGCAGCUUUGGAGAUGACAGACAUCUAACUAACAGAGUGCUAAGUCUGGGCUAUGCAACAAAAUACACAGCUAGAUCCAAGUGCCUUACCGAAACACCGAUUGAGUAUCUCAGGUGGCUGAAUCAGCAGACCCGCUGGAGUAAAUCCUACUUUAGAGAGUGGCUUUAUAAUGCAAUGUGGUUCCACAAGCACCAUUUGUGGAUGACCUAUGAAGCUGUAAUCACUGGAUUCUUUCCUUUCUUCCUUAUCGCCACAGUCAUCCAGCUCUUCUACAGGGGAAAAAUCUGGAACAUCCUCCUCUUCUUGUUGACAGUUCAGUUAGUGGGCCUAAUAAAGUCAUCCUUUGCCGGCUUCCUUAGGGGCAACAUCGUUAUGGUUUUCAUGUCACUCUACUCAGUGUUGUACAUGUCAAGUUUACUGCCAGCAAAGAUGUUUGCAAUUGCCACGAUAAACAAAGCAGGGUGGGGCACAUCAGGAAGAAAAACCAUCGUAGUUAAUUUUAUAGGACUCAUUCCAGUCUCCAUUUGGUUUACAAUCCUCCUAGGUGGCGUGAUUUUCACUAUCUACAAGGAAUCAAAAAAGCCAUUUUCCGAGUCAGAAAAGACAGUUCUCAUCAUUGGCACAGUGCUCUAUGCAUGUUACUGGGUUAUGCUUUUGACUUUGUACUGGGUUCUCAGAACCGUCACCAAAUGUGGCAGGCGGAAGAAGGAGCAACACUGCGACAUGGUGCUAGACUUAUGAUGUGGGAAGUUACCCAGAGAGCUGUAAAGCAACCCAACCACCUUGCAGUAUCUGCGGCAUCAGAGGAAUGUUGCCAAGGGAAAUGGAUCAUUGCUGCUGGGAAUAGGACAUUUAUAUUCCUCUGGGUUCAUUUUCAUCCUGCCAAAGCAAGAAAAAAACAAACAAAUAAUAAAAAAUGCUUUUUUUUUCCAAGGGGGAAAAUGCAAACCACACAGUUUCAACCUGUUCGCAAGAAAAUGGGAGAACUUCUAUGUUUAUGCACUUUUUGUAUUGUGCAUACGCCUGACAGUGUUACGUUCUAUAUACCUCACUGGUCAUGCUUAUGUGUGUGGACAGGAAGGAAAGGAGUUUGGAGACUCCAAAAGGAUCUUACAACCCCUUGCAAUCUAAUUUAUGAACUUCUUUUUUUUAUAGUUCUGUUUAUAGGAAGGGUCUUUUGUGUUAGGCUGCCAAAUGUAAUGCCAAAGGUAAAUUUUAAAAGGCCAUUGGCUGAGCUGUAUUUUUGUAUUAUUGUAUUAUUUGUGUGUGUGUAUUUUUAAGCCAACUUUUUUUUAAAUCACCUAUUUUAUAUUUUACUAUCU